AUGUCGACUGACAAGAUUACCUUCCUGACCAACUGGCACGCUACGCCGUACCACGCUCCGCUGUACCUGGCCCAGGCCAAAGGUUAUUUCAAGGACGAAGGCAUCAAGGUUGCCUUGCUUGAACCCAACGACCCCAGCGAUGUGACCGAAAUCAUCGGCACCGGCAAAGUCGAUCUCGGCUUCAAGGCUAUGAUCCACACCCUUGCCGCCAAAGCUCGCAACUUCCCGGUCCUGUCCAUCGGCAGCCUCCUGGACGAGCCCUUCACUGGCGUGGUCUAUCUCAAGUCGUCCGGUAUCACGCCUGACUUCCGCACCCUCAAGGGCAAGCGCAUCGGCUACGUCGGUGAGUUCGGCAAGAUCCAGAUCGACGAGCUGACGUCGCACUACGGCAUGUCCCCCUCGGACUACACGGCCGUGCGCUGCGGCAUGAACGUGUCCAAGGCUAUCAUCGAGGGCGCCAUCGACGCCGGCAUCGGCCUCGAGAACGUGCAGAUGGUUGAGCUCGAGGAGUGGCUGGUGGCGCAGGGCCGUCCCAAGACCGACGUGCAGAUGCUGCGCAUCGACGAGCUCGCCGAGCUGGGCUGCUGCUGCUUCUGUACCAUCCUGUACAUUGGCAACGAGCGCUUCGUCUCGCAGAACCCGGACAAGGUGCGCGCCUUCAUGCGCGCCGUCAAGCGCGCCACCGACUUUGUUCUCGCCCGGCCAGAGCAGGCCUGGGCCGAGUAUGUCGAUUUCAAGCCCGUCAUGGGCACCCCGCUGAACCGCAAGAUCUUUGAGCGCAGCUUCGCCUACUUCUCGCGCGACCUGAAGAAUGUCAGGCGGGACUGGGAGAAGGUUACCAAAUAUGGCAAGCGUCUUGGUGUGCUGGACGAGAGCUUUGAGCCUAACUACUCCAACGAGUUCCUCGGUUGGGCCCUCGAGGAGGAGUCUGCGGACCCGACUGGAGAUCAGAAGAGAAUGGCGGAGCUGCAGCAGGAGGUUUGCCGCUGCGGCGGCUUUCAACGCCUCGAGGCCAAAGUUGGCGCUUGA